UCCCCUGAAGCGAACUCGGUGCCAUUUUAAAGCAAAAGCAGCGGCAACAAUUCCCUAUGUAUCCGUACCUCGGCACACUGGUGACUUGGUCAAUCGUCAACAUGAGAAUUGUUAUUUGUUAAUCACUUGAAACAUUCAUACAUGAGAUCAGUAUUAAGUAUGUGUGCGAGUCGAUAAGAGGAACGACGGAAAGAACAAGACGGCAAAGGCCAGCUGACCCAUCGAAUUUGUCCAUUUUAUAGUACUGUCUAGUGAUCAAAAAUUAACAUGUGAUUUAUGUCGAUCAAUCGAUGAAAAGCACACUUCCUUGACGGGAUCCUGGCUGUCCAGACGUAUUGAUUGCGCCUUAAGAUAAUCUCGCGCACGAAGUUAGUUACACCGAGAUGAAAACUGAUUUGUUAGGCCUCCUGAUCGACGACAGUGGUCGGGACCCUCGAUUUAUUGGAUAUCCUUUUGUUGAUUCACCUAAAUACAUUCUGGCCAUCUCGGCCGCCUACCUUGCGUUCAUCUUCUAUAUUGGGCCGCGUUUUAUGCGCGAUCGGAAGCCUCUACCUAUAAAGCCGCUCAUUCGGAUCUUCAACACCUAUCAGAUAAUUGCAAACAUCUCCGUCGUCUGCAGCAUGAGCUAUCUUGCUUUCUACAAGCUACGUUACUCGAUAAUCUGCGAACCGCCUGAUGCUAAAAUGGACAUUGACUCGCUGCGGCUACAUAGAAUCGGUUACUAUUAUCUCUACGUGCGGUUGUCCGAUUAUUUUGACACGGUGUUUUUCGUGUUAGCCAAAAAGCAGUCACACGUUACGUUCCUGCACGUAUAUCAUCAUCUCUGCGUAUGUUUGAAUGGCUGGCUGUACAUGCGGCAGGGUUGGGCGAACAUCGGCGCCCUCGGCGGUCUUAUCAACGCGUCCAUUCACACAAUAAUGUAUAUUUACUUCCUGUUGGCAACAUUUCCCACGAUGCGUCGCCAUCUAUGGUGGAAAAAGCAUUUAACGCUUUUACAAAUGGCUCAGUUUAUUGCAAUGAUCUCACAGUUCGUCAUCGUUUAUUCACAGCAUGACCACUGCGGCUACCCCAAAGGGGUUCUAAUCAACGGUAUAAUAAACGUGCUCAUCAUCUUCUUACUAUUCGUGGCCUUUUAUAUCAAGACGUAUCUUCGAUCAGAGGGCAAGAUUACCAAGGUCCAACCAGACACGUCCAUUGUGACCAUUUUGGGCCAUCUCGUGCACGAAGGUGGUUGCGUCAUCAUGAAGAAUGAUUUGCUGAGUCUUAUACUCGACGAAAAUGGCCGGGAUCCCCGAUUUAUUGGAUAUCCUUUUUAUGAUUCACCUAAAUACCUUCUUGGCAUCUCAGCCGUCUACCUUGCGUUUGUCUACUAUAUCGGACCGCGUUUCAUGCGCAACCGCAAGCCCGUACAUGUGAAGCCGUACAUUCGUAUCUUCAACGCGUUUCAGAUAUUUGCAAACAUACUUUAUGUCGGUAUGACGACCUAUCUUGCAUACUACAAGCUAAAUUUCUCAGUCGUCUGCGAGCCUCCAAAUAUCAAAACGGAUACUGAUUCGCUGCGGCUUCAAAAAGUCGGUUACUACUACCUCUACGUGCGAUUGUCUGAUUAUCUCGACACGAUGUUUUUCGUGUUAGCCAAGAAACAGUCGCACGUCACGUUCCUGCACGUAUUUCAUCAUCUUACCGUAUGCUGUAAUUGCUGGUUGUACAUGCGACAAGGAUGGAUGAAUAUGGUCACUCUUGCCUACCUUGUCAACGCAGCAAUUCACAUAGUGAUGUAUAGUUAUUUCCUGCUAGCAACUUUCCCUUCGAUGCGUCCUUAUCUAUGGUGGAAAAAGUACCUAACACUUCUACAGAUAAUGCAGUUCGUUGCAGUAAUCUCGCAAUGGAUGGUUGCGUACUCACAGCCGAACAACUGCGGUUAUUCCAAAGGAGUUCUAAUAAAUGGUAUGAUAAACGUGUUCAUUCUGCUUGCACUAUUCGUGGCCUUCUAUGUCAAGACGUAUCUUCGACAGGAGAGGAAAGCUAUCAAGGCCCAAUGAGAUGCCCGAAGCACACCUACCUCGAUAUAAGUUCAAGCAUAUAAUAUAUAUUCAUAAUACCUGUAGCAGUUGGUCAAUGGACUAUUUCAUCCGUGUGAAUGAAUCUUGAACAAUGUUAUUUACUCAUCUCGGAUGAUUGUAGCAGCUGAAAUGUAACAAUGGAUGGGUCAGGGAUGCUGCCUUCUGCUUCUAGCUGGAACAACGAGUAGAACUCCAUUUAGGCGCAAUAAAAGAAAACGUUUUGUUCUAAUUUGAAUUAUUCGA